UUGUUGAAGUAAAACAUGGCAGUUCUUGUUCCUGACAGCUUUAUGUUUCCCUGCUGAAGCUCCUCAUGUCUCAUCCUGCUGGACAUUUAGACAUUUAGUGUCUGUUUGUCCACAAACUGCUGGUUAGAGUUGGGCGAGGCUCCGCUAGGAGUUUAACAAGAACCAGCCUGUUGGUUUAUACUGGACUGAUCCUGAGAAAAUACCAUAAAACUCACCAUGAGUCUCCGGGAGAUCAACGAGAACGUGAAGCUGGCUCGUGAAUACGCCUUGCUGGGAAACUACAGCUCAGCCAGCGUUCUUUAUCACGGAUCACUGGAGCAGAUCAAGAAGUAUGUGUACACCGUGCGGGACAGGAGUGUUCAGCAGAGAUGGCAGCAGUUGUGGCAAGAAAUCAGCGAAGAGAAUCGCCACGUUCAGGACAUCAUGUCGACUCUGGAGAACUUCCAGAUGGACACUCGACCUAAACCCACCAACCACGACGACUUCGAUAUCAGGCCGGCACAAGUGGAGCCGAGACACUCUCCGUGUCCUGUCAGAAGUCCAGCUCCCUAUAAAGACAGCAAACCCUCCAACAACAGGCUGAGUGUGGCUGUGAGGGCCCAGCAGAGGCACUCGCCCCGCGGCGCCAACGGGGACCGCAGCAAACCGCCCAAGGCCAAAGACAAGAAGGAGGCGAAGGAGGCGAAGGAGGCCGCUGGCAAAGCAAAGGAUGACAAGAACAAAGCAGACGUCCAGGAGAAAGAAGUGAAGAAGUUUGACGGGACCGGAUAUGAUAAAGACCUGGUGGAAGCUCUGGAGAGAGAUAUUAUAUCUCAGAACCCAAACGUUAAAUGGGACAACAUUGCAGACUUGGAAGAUGCAAAAAAACUCCUGAAAGAAGCGGUGGUGUUGCCGAUGUGGAUGCCAGCAUUUUUUAAAGGCAUACGAAGACCAUGGAAGGGAGUGCUGAUGGUGGGACCUCCAGGAACUGGGAAGACUCUCCUGGCCAAAGCAGUGGCCACCGAGUGCAGAACCACGUUCUUCAACGUCUCCUCGUCGACUCUCACCUCCAAGUACAGAGGAGAGUCUGAGAAGCUCGUCCGCCUUCUCUUUGAGAUGGCCCGUUUCUACGCUCCCACUACGAUCUUCAUUGAUGAGAUUGACUCCAUGUGCAGCCGCAGAGGAACCUCGGAGGAACACGAGGCCAGCCGGAGAGUGAAGGCGGAGCUCCUGGUGCAGAUGGACGGUGUUGGUGGAGCAUCAGAAAACGAUGAUCCAUCAAAGAUGGUGAUGGUCCUGGCGGCCACCAACUUCCCCUGGGACAUCGACGAGGCUCUGAGGAGACGCCUGGAGAAGAGGAUCUACAUCCCGCUGCCUUCAACCACGGGGCGAGUGGAGCUGCUCCGGAUCAACCUGAAGGAGCUGGAGGUGGCCAGCGACGUGGACUUGGACAAGAUAGCGGAGCAGCUGGAGGGUUACUCAGGAGCUGACAUCACCAACGUCUGCAGGGACGCCUCUCUGAUGGCCAUGAGGAGGAGGAUCGAGGGCCUCACGCCGGAGGAGAUCCGGAACAUUUCCCGGGACGAGAUGCACAUGCCCACCACCAUGGAGGACUUUGAGUCCGCUCUGAAGAAAGUCUCCAAGUCUGUUUCUGCAGCCGACCUGGAGAAGUAUGAGAAGUGGAUAGAAGAGUUUGGGUCCUGCUGAACCAGCAGCAUGGACUGAGUGAAUGUGUAACUAUUGUUGCAGGUGAUGGUUGUUAGUGUUGACUGUGUGAUAGUAAAGAGAUUUAUACAGGAGGUCAAUAUGUGCUCCUCUGUCAAAUGUACAUUAUGUUAAUGUUAUGCAAAAUCAUGCAAAAGUCUUAAAAAGGUGACUCAAGAGACAAGUUGGUGUGUGAAACAUCAUCAUGUUCCUGUCAGACAGUCAGCUGUGACUGUGAGGACAAACUGAUGAUUCCAGAGAUGAUUUUUGAUUCGAGUCAUUAUUUGCUUUGUUCCGCUGAAUCUGACAAUGAUACUAAGCUGUCAAUCAAAUGUUACUUGCCUUUUUUUGAUGCACUUAAUUUUAUGUUACACUAACAAGAUAUUUCUAUAAAUAAAGUUUAUUCAUCAUG